ACAUUCACAGUGUAAAAUUCUACCGGCACGGAUCUUGUGAGAAAUUAUGGAUUACCGAUUUUUAAUUAUUUUUAUUUUCAUCUUUGCGACAAAUAUUAAGUGUCAAAAAUCAACCUCCGAAGAUAUCAAAAUCACCGAUAAUAAUAAUGAUGCAACAAAAGAAAUUGAAAAUGUACAAGUAGAGGAGAAAAUACCUACGAUUAAACUUCCAAAUUUGUGCACCAUAUGCAAAUGUACAGAUGACAUCAUAAAUUGCGAUAAAAGAAAUUUAACGUACCACUUCGAAGAUUCCCAAUGGCCAAACAAAACUAUGAAAGUGGUAUCGUUCGAGGAGAAUUCGUUGGUUCACGUGAAACCGUUCCCGGCAUUAGAGAUCAGGAAAUUAAUAUUAAGGAAGAACAAAAUCACGAAGAUCGAUAAUAGCGCCUUUAAGAAGAUAAUUAAUCUGACCGAAUUGGAUCUAAGCCACAAUCAACUUACGGCAGAAAAUUUGCAACCUCAAGUAUUUGAGGGUAAAUUUUCACCGGAUAUUUACGAACCGUUGGAGAAACUGGUAAUUUUAAAUUUGGCUCAUAACAUGCUUCAUUCGUUGCAUCACGACCUCUUCGAGCAUACGACGAACAUAAAAAUAUUGGAUCUUUCCGGUAAUUUAUUCUCGAUUCUCGACAGCCGCUCGAUCAUAGCGAUCAGCUCUCUUUCGAAUUUGGAAGAGUUAAAUUUGAGUUAUUGCGGGUUAAAGACAAUUCCGGAAACAUCAUUCUACACGUGCAAGAAUCUUAAGAAGUUGAACUUGAGCGGGAAUCAGCUCACAACUGUGCCGAACGCUCUCAAAGAAGCAACGUCCCUGGAGAUCCUCUACAUGGAUGAAAAUCCGAUUCAAAUUAUCGAUAAGGAGCACUCGUUCCCAAAUAUGAUUAAAUUGAAAGAGUUAAGCCUCUGCUGCAUGCCACAUUUGACAAUAGUUGGAUCGGGCUCCUUCUCAGGAUUGACAUCGCUCGAGCAUCUUCGAAUACAAAAUUGUCCAAAGUUGGAAUCGAUCCACGACAACGCUCUUGCAUCAUGGGAUAAUAAUUCUACGGAACCUGUGUGGCCGCCACUAAAGAGACUCGAUUUAUCGGAUAACGCCCUGCGAUAUUUGCCUCAGCUAUUGAUAUCAAGGUGGGAUUGGCUCGAAAAAUUGGAUCUGACGAACAACAAAUGGAGCUGCGAUUGCGAUAAUGAAUAUCUCAUCAACGUUUUGCUGCCAACGUACGGGAAAAGGUUGAUGGGCGAAGAAAUGAACACCCUUGUAUGCGCGGCACCGCCCGAGCACGAGGGUGAAAAUCUGACGUCGUUGUUCAAUCGAAGCCUGCGUUGCCUGGAUCUGUAUAACGCAAGACCGGAAAAAGACGCGAUGAUCCUCGUAGGCAUAUUGAUCGGUAUAUUGUUCGCAAUUCCCGUCUGCCUCACCGCCUUCGUCUUCUGGCGCCGUGGUUUCUUCUUCUGCGGCAAUUCGGGCCCGGCCAGUUUCUCGCGAGCCUUUUACAAAAGGACCAUGAACAACGAAGAAUUUUAAAGUUUCUCUCUCUCUCUCUUUCUUUCUUUCUUUCUUUCUUUCUUUCUUUCUCUCUCUCUUUCUUUCUUUCUUUCUUUCUUUCUUUCUCUCUCUCUCUCUUUCUUUCUUUCUUUCUUUCUUUCUCUCUCUCUCUCUUUCUUUCUUUCUUUCUUCGCUUCGACGAAAUUCGAUCCGAUCGAUGACGAGAAGAGAUCGAUUUCGAACGAUGUAUAUAAUAUAUAGAGAUUGGAGGAGGUUUUGAAUGGAGGUAAUUGAAAAGAGUAACAUAAUAUGAAUAACAUUUUAUCAUCAGAUUGAUGAGAAAAAUUAUAUAUAUCAAUUGAUAUAGAGUGGAUAUAAAUGUUCGAGACUUGGAUGGGAGGGCAAGUUCUAGAAGAAAAUUUUCUAUUUUGUACGUUUUGUGGAUUUUAAUUUAUAUUAACCGCGAGUUAUAAAAUAAGUUAGCGUAAUUCUUAUUGAUUCGCGUUAAGUGAAUGUAAUUAUACGUAUAUUUUUAUAAAAAUGUAAUAUCAAUAAAUUAGAUUUAGAAAUUAUAAAAUCA